CAGCGGCAUGAAGCUGGGAGCCUUCCUUCUCUUGGUGUCCCUCGUCACCCUCAGCCUGGAGGUACGGGAGCUUCAGGCUGCAGUGAGACCACUGCAACUUCUAGGCACCUGCGCUGAGCUCUGCAGAGGUGACUGGGACUGUGGGCCAGGGGAGAAAUGUGUCAGCAGCGGAUGCAGUAGCAUCUGUGCUACAAAUUAAGAACAGCUUCUACUUGGAAAAAAUAUGCCUGUCUGGAGUUCCGUGCCCAAGAAAGCAGUUGAAAAUGGAGGCCAUGGAUGGAGAUGACAAGGAGCACAGUGGGAAGGGACCAGGAGGUGUUUCUUUUAAUAAAUCAUCAUUGUAAAAGUCUCCAUGCUACUUGAAUUAUUUGGUUGGAGGUUGUUACGGUUUGAACAUGACAUGUCUCCCACAGACUCAUACGUUGAGGGCAAUUGGUCCAUAGUUGAUGGCACUGUUUAGGAAGCAGGGGCAUUACUGGAGGAGGUAGGUCACUGGGGCAUUUUGCCCUGGGCCCACCUUGUUUCUUGCCACUUCCUGGUUGCUUUAGGUGGUCAGCUUCAACCAAACACACCUGUUGUCAUGAUAAAUUCUGCUUUACUACAGAGCAAAGCAGGAGAUCCAGCCAAGCACAACCCUAAACCUCUGAAAUAGUGAGCCAAAAUAAAUCCUCCUUCCUUUAAACCGUGCCUCUCAGGUAUCUAAUCCUAACAGUGGAAAAGCUACUAAAGCCAAUAUGUUGAGUUAUGAUAGUAUCUAUCCUUGUGGAUGGCAAUGUGAGUCCACCAAGAAAAUGAACAUACCUAUUCUGUGGUCAUCACCAACUGAAGGAAAAAAAAAAUACAGAGUUCCCAGAGAGGCCUUUGAAGACUUCUUGCAUUGGCUUGAGUUACAUGGUAGCAGCCCCUACACACCAACCUCCUGCCCUGAGACCAGAAACUCACAGCUUAGCCGCAAUAUAUUCUAUAAUACAAGGUCAUUCAGUCUGGAAUAAUACUUUAUGUGGGUCAUCCAUGUUGCUAAACCCAGACUGUUCACACAGUCUCUUCAUACCUCUAUUGUGGUAAAAAACGAGGCUCUACAUCCUUUCCGUGCAAUGUUUGAACAUGUCUUAAGUACUGCUUCAGAUUCUUGGUGUCAAGCAAAGAGAACCAUUGCUAUAACAACCAGUUUAUCUCACUGGGUGGGGGUACUUUCGUGCCUAGGGGUAAAGGAGAUCAAGGAUUCUGAUACGAUGUAAGGUGGAAGAUGUCACAUAGUUAGCAUUUCUGUCGCUGCCAUCUACAGGAGUGCUUUCCAACUCCAGCCCGAAUCUCGAAACUCUAGCUAUGUCAGCCCUGGUCAGGAGCAAACUUUGUGAGAGGAUAAGGAGGUGUGGAUGACGAAGUUUCCAAGCCUUAUUUCUGCCACCUUUUACAAGACACCAGGCUGAAAGAGUGAUACCCUAAUAACACCAGCGCUUGCAAACCUAUAGCUCAAUAAAGCUUUCCGGAACUAGAGCACACAGCGAAGCCCUGCCCCUAGCGGUGCGCCGG